UUACAGAAUUUAUUUAAACAUACUUGAAUAUGAUUUGUGUCACUGUGGUGUAUAUAGUCGAAUAGAUAGGACACACCUGGACAACAUUGACGAAGGAAAUUCUGACAAAAAAUAAAAUCCUUAGAUUCCUAUUCCAAACAAGAAGUUACUAAAAUCAUGAGUGAACAAGAUUUAAGAGAUAAAAUUCGCAAGGAAUUGGCGUUAUGUUGUGUGCUUGUGAAGGGAUUUCCACCUGGAACUGAAAAAAAGGACUUGAAAGAUAUUUUUCACCAAAAAUUAACACGUGCUAAAGAAUUUGAAGAUAGGUCACUAUGGUUGUUCUUGUUUGAAGAUUCAGAAGUUGCUACAGACUUGAUCAAACGAGGAUGUAUUAAGACAUCAAACUUAACGCUUCACAUUACUAAAUGUACCGAACAUGACAUUCCGGAACCUUGGCUUCAGCUCAAUACGCCGUAUGUUGUGGCUAUAGACUUUGGAACAACAUACUCGAGUUAUGCCUUUGCUAUCCGUAAAGAGUUCCUUAAAGACAACGAAAAGGACCUUGAAAAAAUAUACACUGUUAAUUGGAAUGCUGGACGUUUUAUUUCCAAUAAAACACCCACAACUUUGCUACUCAACAAAGACCAAAAAGAUGUCAGUUUUGGUUAUGAUGCUGAAAAAACGUAUGGCGAAAUGUCGGAAGAUGAGAGGGAAAAUCAUUAUUACUUUCAUCGAUUCAAGAUGUUGCUAUAUGACAAAGAUGGAAAUUUGGUAAAUAUUGUCUCCAUAUAA